AUGUCAACUCCAUCAUCAUAUCAAUCCAAUUUCUUACAAUUAGCAUUAGAUUCACAAGCUUUAAAAUUUGGAACUUUCACUCUUAAAUCAAAACGUCAAUCACCAUAUUUUUUUAAUUUAGGUUUGUUUAAUAAUGGGAAAUUAUUAUCAAAUUUAGCCACUGCAUAUGCUGAAGCAAUAAUAGAAAGUGGAAUUGAAUUUGAUAUUUUAUUUGGACCUGCUUAUAAAGGUAUACCAUUAGCUGCUUUAACAGUUGCAAAAUUAUAUGAAUUAAAACCUGAAAAAUAUGGUAAUAUUGGAUAUAGUUUUAAUAGAAAAGAGAAAAAAGAUCAUGGAGAAGGUGGAUCAAUUGUUGGAUGUUCAUUAAAUAACAAAAAAAUCUUAAUUAUUGAUGAUGUUAUAACUGCUGGUACUGCAAUAAAUGAAGCCUUUGAAAUUAUAAAACAAGAAAAUGGUCAAUGUGUUGGAUGUAUUAUUGCAUUAGAUAGACAAGAAACAACUAUAACUGAUUCAACAAAAUCUGCAACAAAAGCAGUUAGUGAAAAAUAUGGUAUACCUAUAUUAUCUAUUGUAAGUCUAAGUGAAGUAAUAACGAUUUUAAAAGGUAAAAUUGAUGAGAAAGAUUUGAAAUCAAUUGAAGAAUAUAGAAGUAAAUAUGGAGCUUAA